AUGAAAUCUAGUGCAAAACUCAUACUUUUACAUCCUUCAAUACACAAACAAAGCAAUGGUGGAUCAGUAAUAGCUUCAUCUCACCGGAGUUGGUGCCUAUUUUUCUUGCUUUUUUUCAUAUUUGCUUUUGUUUUCAUUUUCUUCACCACCAGGGAGGCCGCCGCCACUGCCAGAACCGCCGCCGCCACUUCCAAGGGUGCAUUACCAAAACCCAUCUUUGAUACACUACUUCACUAUGCUUCUAUCAAUCCAACAAACAUCUCCGGUCGCAUGUCAUCCGCCGAGCUAAAAGCCAUCGCCACCGUCCUCCGCCGCUGUGCCGUCCCAUGUAACGUACUUGUUUUCGGUCUCAGCCACGAGACCCUCCUUUGGAACUCACUCAACCACAAUGGGCGCACAGUUUUUGUCGAUGAAAGCACUUACUUCGUCUCCGUUCUCGAAGAAAGACACCCAGGAAUUGAAGCUUACGACGUUCAAUUCGCUACCAAAGUCAGCGAAUUAUACAAUUUGAUAGAACAUUACAAAUUCCAUGUGAAAAAUGAAUGCAGGCCAGUUCAGAAUCUUCUCUUUUCAGACUGCAAACUGGCUGUAAACGACAUGCCGAACCAGUUAUACGACGUCCCAUGGGACGUGAUAGUGGUAGAUGGGCCAAGUGGGCACUCCCCGUCGUCUCCGGGGAGGACGGCGGCGAUAUUCACUGCCGGAGUUUUGGCUAGGAGCAAAAGGGGCGGCGUAGAGAAAACACAUGUGUUUGUGCAUGAAUUUGAACGAGAAGUGGAGAAUGUGAGCAGUUUUGAAUUUCUGUGCAGAGAAAAUCUGGUGGAUACCAUAGACUUGUUGGCGCAUUUUAUGGUGGGAAAAAUGAAGGCUACUGAGUUUCAGUUUUGCCCUAAUUCUGAAUCUUCUUCGUCUCCUCUUAAAUCCAUUGAAGACGAUUGA